AUGGUCGAGCUGGGAAGCAAGAGUCCGUUCGGGCAGUCCUUCAACAACAGCGUCUUCAUUCUGCCAGCGAUCGUUGUCGUCCUCAUAGUCGGUUAG